CACGAACUAUAUAUGAAUUGAUCCAUAAGAUAUUAUUUGUAAACACUAUAUAUAUACGAACUAUCCAAUUUAGUUCAUAUGUACCUAACCCAAAUUACCAUUGACCUCGUCCCACUCCGUUCUCUCUAUAUAUAUAGAGAUCCACUCUAUCAUAUAUUCAUUCACAAGAUAACAUUUUAGAAAAACACAAAAUAAAACCAAAACUUUUCUUGCUUCAUAAAAUAAUUAAUAUUUAAUACUAGCUAUAUCCUAAAACCAAUUAUACGAAAUGACUCGUCCCAGGAUCUCCAUUUCGAUUAUUUUCUUAUUGCUUUCUAUUGUAGGUUUUGCCUCGCAAUCUUGUGAAGCUAGAAAGGUUUUAAUGCCUUACGAUGCAAGCAAGGGAUUGUUUCUUAGUGCCCUACCAAAGGGCAAUGUACCACCUUCGGGUCCAAGCGACAAAGGUCACACUUCUCCUCCGGGAGAUUAUCCCGAUCAGCAUAUGGUGCCGGAACACUCGCGGGAGAUUCACCGUCUGCUAGGAUCGGUCCCUAGCCCCGGCGUCGGUCAUUAGACACAUUCAUCACCGAUUUUUAUAGAUGUUGUCGAUUUCUUUUCAUAAUAUUAUCAUAUAUCGUACGUCGUCUUAUAAAGAAUGUUUGUGUGUGUGUGUCAGUGUGUCUUUAUAUAUCAUCAUAUGGUACCGAGUAUUCAAUAAAUGUGUUUGUGUGU